AUGGCACCUCAUUCGCCAAGUCAGCCAGCAGCAGUGACGUGCGAAAUUCAGGAUCAUCAGUACGACAACAACACAGCUGAAGCAAGCCCUCCAGAUGGUGGCUACGGUUGGGUCUGCGUCGGCGCAUGCUUCGCCAUCAAUUGUUUCACCUGGGGUGCAGUCUCAGCAUAUGGCAUCUACCUGUCACAUUACCUGUCGGACAACAUAUUCCCCGAAGCAUCGACUUGGGACUAUGCGUUCAUCGGAGGCUUCAAUUUCGCCAUUGCCAUGCUCAUAGCUCCUGUCGUCACCAUUCUGACGAGAAGAUUUGGGACUCACAUAGUCAUGUCCAUUGGCAUAGUAUUACAGUGUGCAGGGUUCAUCUCGGCAUCAUUCGCACAUCGAAUAUGGCAACUACAUGUUUCCCAGGGCGUUUUGAUCGGUGCAGGCAUCGGCUUCCUCUAUAUCCCUGCGCUACCAAUCCUGUCUCAAUGGUUCGUACAGAGACGCAGUCUGGCCAACGGCAUCAGCUCCGCAGGCUCUGGUGUCGGUGGUGCGUCCUUCACAUGGGGCACAGAAGCAAUCAUUCAGCGUUGGGGAAUCAGCUGGGCCUUGCGCAUUACAGGGCUCAUUGCACUUGUCGCGCAGUUCAUUGCCAUUAGUCUCAUCCGGGACCGGAAUCGAGUGAUACAACCAACUCAGCUUGGUUUUGACACGAAGCUUCUUCGACGAUAUGAAGUAUUGCUAUUACUCGCUUGGGCUUUUACGAGUAUGUUCGGGUACGUCGUCCUUCUAUUCUGUCUGUCUGACUUUGCACUCUCCAUUGGGCUUUCUCGACCACAGGCUACAGACAUCAUUGGCCUGCUUAAUGUAGGAACAGCCAUCGGUAGACCGCUCAUUGGCAUACUCAGCGACCGUUGGAGUCGGAUCGACACCGCAGGUGCCCUAACGCUACUGUGUGGCAUUUCUUGUUUUGCAUUCUGGCUUCCUGCAACGUCUUAUGGGCUCACGGUAUUCUUCGCCAUACUCUGCGGAGCGAUCCUGGGUGUGUUCUGGAUGACGAUUGGUCCGUUAUGUGUCGAAGUUGUUGGAAUCAAGGAUUUACAGUCACUAUUGUCCUUGUCAUGGGCUUCCGUUAUCAUCCCAGCUUUAGUCGCUAGUGGAUUCAUGCUUCAGCUUCGGAGGGUCAAGCGUCGACAAGUUCGGGAACACACGGUAUAA